AGAUCUCUCCUCCUUCCACUUUGAAAAAGAUGUAAAAUAUUUUCUGUUUGGGCGUUUUGAAAGGGAAAAAACUAAUAAAAACGUCCUCAUUUUCUAGAUUUUGCCUUUUCCAACGCCACCCAAACUAUUUCCCCACCCGCUCUCCCGAUGUUUGGGAAAACACAUUCCUGCGUUUGAACCGCGUGCGGCUGCUGCUGCUGUGGCCGAGUUUUGUUUUUCGGGUGGAAAUCAUUCGGAAAAUGUUGCCCCGGUGUCAAAAUGAAAAAUGGAAUCGGGCGCAAAAAUACCUUUGGACGGCGUGAGUGGACGAGUGUACGCGUAAUUGAUUGGCUCCAAGGGAGGAAUUAGGACAUAACAUCACUGCACUCCUGAUGGCGGGUGAUCCUUUUUCUUCUUCCCGUUUCGUUCGGUAGUCACGUUCCCUCAUCCACGGGAUUAUAUGGACCGGUGAUUGUUGCAGGAAUUUUCAUCAAAAGGCCAAAGUCUAAAUCAAAAGACUCUCCCAGAAAUGCUACUCAAAAAAGUGCAUAACUAAUGAGGCAAAUGCUGACGCUGCAGUGUAGUUACAUCCGCCUGGCUGCUGCUGCUGCCCAGUUGUUGUUCCACACGCAGAUGAUUCACCGAUUUACAAAUAGAUUUCCCCCUUGGCCACUGCACUUUCCCGGAGAAGAAGAAGAAGAAGAGAAAUGGGUGGGACGACAUGAAUUACAUCACCAGAAAGAAGGAAAAAACACAAAAAAUUGUGCAACAAUUGCCGGCCGACUUGCUUCGGCCGUGACGAUGGGAUCCGGGCCGACCGCUUGAAAGCAGAAACACAGACAUCAAGAGAUCUUUGUCUGGGACAUUACAAGAAGAAGAAGAGUUUUAGGCUACAACGUACGUGCUCGGCUCACGCUGGCACUGUUGUUUAUUCCUUCCACCAAAGAGUUCAUUCUCAUCGGGGUUGCAACCAGUGCGGGAAAAGAGAAGAAGAUAUCCGCCUCCUCGGCAACAACAACAACAACAACAGCGGACGAUAAUACGAGCUGAAAGAAAAUCAUAAUCACCGUCGUAAAAGGUAAACCAGAAGGAGGAAAAGAACUGGCAGAAUAAGAAAAGAAACUUAUUCUUCUUCGUCUUCUUCUUCUUCAUAUUUCUGUGUGUGUGUGGGUCUGGGGGACCCCGACCGAGCCUGGAUGCCACCACACGGUCGGUUAUAUAGAGUCGACACACACACACAUAGAGACGUACGUGUAGGAAAAAAAGGAACCAACUUGCACGAAUGAAAUUGGAUUCUCCUCGACAACAACGGGGCCCGCGCUCCCAUAUUUAUGAUCAACGGCAGAAGAAGAAUAUACAGGGUUUGUGUUGGAUCGAGCUGCAGCCCUGACGAUGAUUGUGCAAUGUGUGAACUUGUUUUUAUUGUUGGCAACAUCGGCCAAUGGCUUCAACUUGGAGCCGAGGAUUCCGGUCAUGAAGAACGGCAUGGCCGGCUCCUAUUUCGGAUACUCGGUGGCACAACACCAGUCGGUCAGCGCCGAAACGGGUGCCAUCCUCAACAACUGGUUACUGGUGGGAGCCCCGCUGGAUCAGAACUUGCAGCCAGGGACCAACCGCUCGGGAGCGCUGUGGAGAUGCCCCAUGACGACACGGAAAGAUGACUGCGUCCAGGUCGUCACCGACGGCAAACGAAACGCCGAGAGCUACCUGUACGACGAGAAUAUCCGAUCGAACCAGUUAGUGCCUCCGCUGCCCGACGAGAUCAAGGACGGUCAAUGGCUGGGCGUCACCGUACGAAGUCAAGGACCAGGUCGUAAAGUCUUGGUUUGCGCUCAUCGCUACAUCCGCAAAGGAGCCGACUACCAGUGGGGCCAAGGCCUGUGCUACACGCUGACCCAAAAUUUGGACUACGAUGAAACGUGGGAGCCAUGUCGCGGACGCCCGACUACUUGGGCUCACGAGCAGUUUGGCUACUGUCAAGCUGGAACGUCGGGUAUGCUGCUGGACGACGACACGGCGCUGAUUGGCACUCCCGGGCCGUACACCUGGCGCGGCACCGUCUUCGCCGUCUCCGUGUCGGACGACUUCCUCCACCGUGACAAGACACUUUAUUACGGACCGCUAACCCAGGAUCAUUCGCCCGUCGACAAAUAUAGCUAUCUCGGAAUGAGCGUCACGUCGGGCAAGUAUUUCGGCAGUAAAGUCAGUUAUGCGGCCGGAGCCCCGCGAUCCAACGGCACCGGCCAGGUGGUCAUCUUCACCAAAGUCAAGAAAGCCGAGAGCCAAUUGCGCGUUCAGUUGGUCCUCUCCGGCGAGCAGUUUGCUUCCAGUUACGGCUACCAGAUCGCCACUGCUGAUCUCAACGGUGACAGCCGGGCUGAUCUGAUAGUUGGCGCUCCGUUUUACUACGACCGAGAAGCGGGCGGAGCCGUCUACGUCUAUUCCAACCCGCCCGACGGUGGUCUGACGGCCGAUACGCCCUACGUCAAGCUCGUAGGCAAACCCGAAUCAAGAUUUGGAUUCGCGCUGGCCAAUCUCGGAGACAUCAAUAAGGAUCGCUACGAAGACCUGGCCGUGGGCGCGCCGUACGAAGGCAAGGGCGUCGUCUACAUUUACCUAGGCUCCAAACAUGGAAUCAUUACCGAGCCGUCCCAGAUUUUGAAAGCGGAAGAUAUUCCUGGCAUUCCUCCGACGACGUUUGGCUAUUCGCUGAGUGGCGGCCUGGAUAUGGAUCUCAACGACUACCCCGAUUUGAUGGUGGGCGCUUACGAGGACGAUCGUGUUUUCCUCAUCCGAUCCAGACCCAUCAUCGGCAUCCUGACCCGUGUCCAGCCCGAAGAGAAUCUCAAAAACAUUGACCCCAACACUCCCGGAUGUGAGAAAUACCCGAACUCGACUGAAGUCUGUUUCUCGUUCAACGCCUGUUUCGCCAUGGACUCUAUGGAGGGCUACUUGCGAGCCAACGAUCUGGAACUCAAGUAUCGCAUCGAGGCCGAGACGUUCAGCGGACGCAAAUUCUCGCGCGUCCAUUUCGCUCACGGUCUGGCCGAGAAACCCCACGUCGUCGAGAGGAACAUCCAGCUGAGGGGCGUGCGCAACGGAACGGAGCAGUGCUUUGUCGAAACUGCUUUCGUCAAGGAGGGGACCCGAGACAUUCAAUCGGCCGUAAAGUUCCGCAUGGGCUACACGCUGGUGCAGCGGGAGCCGAGGAGUCCGCGGGACGGCGACCCUUUGCCCAACAUCAACCAAUAUCCGAUCCUCAAUCAGCAGGAGGCAUCGAAAACCUUCCAGGCCACGUUCGAGAAGGACUGCGGCGAUAAUGAUGUCUGCGAGAGUAACAUGGUUACCGUAGCCAACCUCGAUCUCCCCCAAGGCGAAGAUGGCGUUUCCAUUCUGGAACUGGGUGAGCUCCAGGAAGUCGUCCUGGACAUAUCCGUUACCAAUACGGGAGAGUCGGCAUACGAGGCCGGUCUCUACGUCUCCCACCCGCGAUCGCUCAGCUUCAUCGGCCGAGUCUCGGAGGCCAAUCAACUGCUCUGCAACUCGUUCAACGCCACCAUGGUCACGUGCUCGCUGGGCAACCCUUUCAAACACGGAUCUGGAUACGUCAAACUGCGGUUCAAUCCCAGCAACGUCGAGGAUUCUGAAGCCCGUCUGGCUUUCCUCAUCUUUACAAACACGACGUCUCAAGAACUCGAACCCCAAGGCAACAUUCCCGUCUACGCCAACGUGGUCAAACGAGCCGAAAUCUCAAUCAAAGGAUUGGGCCGACCGGAGCAGGUCUUCUUCGGUGGCGAGGUUCAAUCCACCAUCAAGUACCGUGACGAAAUCGGCCAGCCGCUGCUUCACAGCUACGAAAUCUACAAUGCGGGACCGUGGAAGGUGCCGUUCCUGUCGGUCAUCGUUUCGUGGCCCUACCAGGUCGAGAACGGGAAACCCAUCGGCAAAUGGCUCCUCUACAUGGACGAGACCCCUAAAGUCGACGGUGAUGGCGAGUGUAUCAUGGAUCCCAAGCAAGUGAACGUGCUCGAUCUCCCCAAGCGGCCCGGAUUCGUCGAGGCUCCCAUCGAGCAUUUGGCCAGACAUUUGCCCGUUCCGACCAUCAGCGACAUUGACGAGAACGAGAUUGUUGAAAUGGAAUCCGCGCCGGUUAAUUCAACCCGUCAGAAACGGCAAGCGGGCGUCGUCAUUCUGCCCGAGGCUAUCGUCGAUAACGAGGGCAAGACCCGCCACGUCGUCACUAUGGACUGCGACCGCGGGACGGCCAAGUGCUUCAUGUUUCGGUGCAACAUCAGGAAUCUGCAGCGCAAGCAAUCAGCCGUGAUUAAAAUCCGAGCCAGAUUGUGGAAUGCGACCCUUGUCGAGGAUUUCCCAGGCAUUCACACCGUCAGGAUACGUUCCAAAGCCCACAUUUCCCUGGAUCCUUCCCUGGAAAUCACACAGCGGAUCGAAGAUGAUCUCGAUUAUGCUGAAACGAUGGCGUACCCGGAUCGGUUGGACACUGGCGAGUCACCGUCCGUCCCUCUGUGGAUCAUCAUCGUCAGCGUUUUGGCCGGCAUUUUGCUGCUAGUCCUCCUCAUCCUCUUGCUCUGGAGACUGGGAUUCUUCAAGCGCAAGCGGCCCGACCCCACUCUGAAGGGCAGUCUACUCCAGAAAGACAAGGAGCUCAACGGCGAAUACAUUUCUUAGUGUUGUACGACGACGACGUUGACGCGAGAGGUGAGCUAGCAGCUUCCCCAUGUGCCUUUGUUAUGUUAUACCCCCAUCCGAUUUCGUGACCCGGCUCUGAUUGAGUGUGUGACGUAGUGAUCUCGCGCAAACCAACGAGUCGUUGAGAUUGAAAAAAAGCAGAGGUUCAUAUUGUGUACACUUUUAAUUAAUUUAUACGAGACUACGACUAAGAAAUGAGAAGUGAAUUGUAUUGAAUUGAUUGCCAAGCGCCAAACCCAAUCAAGACAAAUAUCAAGUGCCAUUACCGACGACCUCUCUCUCUCUCUCUCUGAUGGAGAGAUGACGACACUGGCGUGCAUUGGCGCACGCAGUUUUGGGUUGUUGAAACACCGACUGUCAAAUUUUUCCCUCCAAUGUCCAUCAAACCACCACCACUGUCGAAUUCCCCCCCUCUCUCCCAUCUCCCCACCCAUGUUGUGUUGUUACGUGUAAUUAAAUAUGCAUAGAUUAUAUUCGUGAUUUUAAAGUUAACGGGGAGGAAAGUGAAAGAGAGGGACGCGCUGUUCAUUCGGUCAUUGAGUGCGCGUUUCAGUGUGACACUAACCCUAAUUCACUGCUGUAGACAUAUUUUUAUUCCUUUCCAGUUCAAGAAGAGAAAGUUUUAAAAAGAAAGAAACGUGAUUCCACAUCGCGCCCAUUUGUUUUCGUCCACUUUUCUCCCCCCCCCCCUCCCCCCGCACACAUUGAUCGAUAUAAAUAUUGGCGAUUCACUGAAUUUUUAUUUUUCAAAUAGCUAUCUCAUCAUCUCGAUGCAGUGUCAAUGAUUUUAACAGUCCCUUGUACAUAAAUCAUUUAACAAGUAAAUACAACAAAAUUGAGUUCGUGUCUGAAACAGAAAA